AUGAGACGAGCCCUGGUGCUGGGGGCAUCAGCCCUGCUCAUCCUGGCGCUGAAUCCAAACGCCAUCCGGGAGCUGGACGUUUCCCAGCUUCUUGCCAAGCCCGUGAUCGUGAUCCAGUCCUCGGACAAUGUCACCAAGUUGCUGGGAGCGCUGCUGCGGGGGCUCCAGGCGACAGCGAAGAUCACGUACCAGGCAGUGCUGCUGGAGAACCUGGGAGUGACCCUCACCCUGUGGUCGACCUGUGGCCUCUCCCGAGGGGGUCUCUAUGGGGAGUGGCAGGGGGUCAUCUGCACGGGGGAGAACAGCUCGCAGGUCCAGAAGUACCUGCAGCAGCUGUGGAACACCAUCCUGCUGAUUGCCCUGCUCGGAGCAGGAUGCUGAGGUGGGGACGUCUCCGCUCUACCCGUGGCCCAGGUCUGACCCUCUGCUUUGCCCUGGCAGCUGGACCUGAAGCAGCACAUUCGGCGGCGACUGUCGGCGCUGAAAACCCGGCGGUACCACCCCGGCAAACCGCUCCAGAGCUGGGCCUGUGAGAUCGAUAGCUGCGCUGUCUGCUUGGACCAGUUCCAUAAGAGCCAGUGGCUGCGGGUGCUGCCCUGCUCCCACGAGUUUCACCGGGACUGCGUGGACCCCUGGCUCCUCCUGCAGCAGACCUGCCCCCUCUGCAAGCGCAACAUCCUGG